AUGGACAAUCUACGGUUUCGUUCUUUUCUAUUGAAGCUUCAAGAUCGUUUAAGUGACAAUGAUCGUCAACGUUUACACUUCUUCCUCGGAAAUGAUAUUCCACGACGAAUACGUGAUAAUCCAACAUUACAGGGCACAUUAAACUUAUUGGAGUGCCUUUUCGAUCAAGAUAAGAUCAGUGAACAAGACUUUACAUUCCUCAUCGAUGCUUUCAAAGAAAUACAAUGUAUAGAUGCGGUCAAACUACUCCGAGAUUACAAACAGAAAAUGCAGACUAAUUGUUGUAAUCAGUCAACUUUAACGUCAAUAAUGCCUCCGUUGAACGAAGAAGUUAUUCAAGAUCAGGAAGACGAUAACAGUGCAGCAUAUAAUCUUUUACAACAAAUUAAUGCUUAUGGUAGCUUUAAUAAGAUAAUCAAUAGUAGUAAUACGAACAUCAAUCCGGUUACCAUCACUGUCGACGAUCAGAAGAUUGUAUCGAUAAAAUCAGGGAAAACCCGUUCGUUAAAUUUAUCAUUGAAAGCGAAUAAAUACUUGUAUUUUAUUCUUUUGUUACUGAUGAUUAUACUUGGUUUAUCACUGAUCAUCGCUUAUGUUCUCAGAAUCAAGAAGAAUGAUUCGUUAGAUUUUCGAGAAGAAUAUGAAAAGUUGUUAGAAGAACAAAAAACUAAGAAUGAAAUGAUUCGAAUUAAUGAGAGAAAAAACUCAGUGGUUUUUCCUGGUCAAAUAUUUGGUUAUUCAAUUGAAAGAGCUUUUGAUGAUUCUUCUCGUUCGGAUUUUAUGUCUUUACCUUAUUUAAAUGGACUUUAUGUACGAGAUAAUCAAGAUGGUCUAGAAUCGUACCAAUUUUUCUACCUAUCGUCGCAUGAUCAAGAAAAUGUGAUUGAAUCCGAGGUUGAUGGAAAUCAAACAGAGAAUUUCAAAAGGAAAUUUUUCUUUACGAAGAAUGAAAGAAUUAUCCGGGUCCAGGGAAGGUUGGUGAAAAAGAAUCUGGUUUCGCAAAAUGGAACGAGCAGAUCCAUAAGUAUAAUUACCGGACUUGAAUUCGUUUCUCGCAAACAUCGAAUGAGCCCGUCAUAUGGUGGUGAACUGGGCGAAGUGUUCAGUGAAGAAUACGAUGGAUAUAUGCUAGGAUAUAUCAGAGGCCGAUCUGCGCAAUACGUUGAACAAGUCCAAUUCGUUUGGUAUCGGACAGUAGAAUUAGACUCCGAUUGA